GCUGCCGCCUUCCCCACUGACGUGUCGGGGCCGCGAGACGCGUCGCACAAAGUCGCGGUGGAACUUCGCUGCGGUGUACAGAUCUGGCGCUUGACGCUGCCGGGCACUGCUGAGCUGGGAGAUGUCGGCUGCGGGCCGGACGGAGCCCUUGGGUCCUCCCAGCGGCUUUGCGAAGCGGCUCCUGGUGACCGGGGGUGCUGGUUUCAUCGGAUCACAUAUGAUUGUUUCUUUAGUAGAAGAUUAUCCAAACUAUAUGAUCAUAAAUCUAGACAAGCUGGAUUACUGUGCAAGCUUGAAGAAUCUUGAAACCAUUUCUAACAAACAAAACUACAAAUUUAUACAGGGUGACAUAUGUAAUUCUCACUUUGUGAAACUGCUUUUUGAAACAGAAAAAAUAGAUAUAGUACUACAUUUUGCUGCACAAACACAUGUAGAUCUUUCAUUUGUACGUGCCUUUGAGUUUACGUAUGUUAAUGUCUAUGGCACUCAUGUUUUGGUGAGUGCUGCUCACGAAGCCAGAGUGGAGAAGUUCAUUUACGUGAGCACAGAUGAAGUGUACGGAGGCAGUCUUGAUAAGGAAUUUGAUGAAUCUUCACCCAAACAACCUACAAAUCCUUAUGCAUCAUCUAAAGCAGCUGCUGAGUGUUUUGUACAGUCGUACUGGGAACGAUAUAAAUUUCCAGCUGUCAUCACGCGAAGCAGUAAUGUUUACGGACCACAUCAGUAUCCCGAAAAGGUUAUUCCAAAAUUUAUAUCUUUACUACAACACAACAGGAAAUGCUGCAUUCAUGGAUCAGGGCUUCAAACAAGAAAUUUCCUUUAUGCAACUGAUGUAGUAGAAGCAUUUCUCACUGUCCUCAAGAAAGGGAAACCAGGUGAAAUUUAUAACAUCGGAACCAAUUUUGAAAUGUCAGUGCUCCAGCUUGCCAAAGAACUAAUACAACUGAUCAAAGAGACCAGUUCAGAGUCUGAAAUGGAAAACUGGGUAGAUUAUGUGAAUGAUAGACCUACCAAUGACAUGAGAUAUCCAAUGAAGUCAGAAAAAAUACAUGGCUUAGGAUGGAGACCCAAAGUGCCUUGGAAAGAGGGAAUAAAGAAAACAAUUGACUGGUACAGAGAGAAUUUUCACAACUGGAAGAAUGCAGAAAAGGCAUUAGAACCCUUUCCAGUACAAACGCCGUUUAUAUAGAAAGGACAGUUUUCAGAGAAAGAAGAACAUUAUCCUACCUCGACAAGUGAUAAGAAAUCAAGUGACCAGAUGAAGUGUCUUCUUCAUAUAGAAUCCGAUUCUUGACUGUUUGUAUAAAAUUCAAACAUAAAAUGCCUCAAUCUUCAGAAUAGUUUUAGUAUUGCCAUAGGAUUUAAAUAUCAAGAUUCUCUCAGAAACCUUUUCUCCUGAAAGUUUGGAACCAGGAGGCCUAGAAAGGCUUCUCUGUAGGAGGGAGGCCAGGAAGGUGGGAUCUCACGGUUCUGAGAACCAGGACGGGGAACAGCUCUGUGCGGAUGACAGCCUUGGCUGGACGGAACUCAGCUUCCCAGCCUUUCCCACUGCCCAGAAAGUCUCAAGUUUUCAUUCUUAGGCAAUAUAGGAUGAGGCAUAUGCCCUCAUUCAUCUUUUUUUAACUAUCUGAUGUGCUAUAAUUGUUUUAAAAUGGGAACAAUGGAAGCGUAUUUAGCACUUUUUAACCUUUAGUAAUUUUGUAAAAUUAAGUUAAAUGUUUUUUAAAAGAAGGAAGUAGUUUUUAUAUUUUCAAAGUCAGUUGUUGAACUAUAUAUAAGUAACUGCAUAUGAGAGAAAUGUUAUGUAU